AGUUAUGUUGAGUGUGCAAAUGUUUUUCGUGCUCCGCAUUCAAUUUUGUUUUCGAAAUCAUGUCAUACACCAUUUUUUGUAGGCUCCGCGGACAAACAUAAUAUUUCUUUGAAAAGCGCGAUUCUCAGAUCAAGAAGUCGUCACAAACAUUCGACUGUUAAUGGCGCGACUGCGACUACUGCCUAAAGUUUUGUGGAACUCGGAGAAAAUGCUUCCGGUGGCGGGGAACUCGGUCCUUUCGGAACCACUACGGCRUCGUCGUCRUCAAUCGUAAAAGAAGCGGGGUUAUUGUCGCUCUCUUCUGGUUGGUUUUCCACAAGCUCAAGUUCGGCCAGAGCAGCCGAAUCGAAACUCUUGGAGCUCGCGUUGGGGAGCUGGAAACCCAGAACAAUGAUCCACAGUGGUAUCAACACCAGGCGGGUGAGGGAAGCAUACAAGACGACGAAAAUCCAGGCAACUCUGUGACCCUUGGCCCCGAUGAUUUCUGAGGCAAAAUUAAUGACGCCAAUUAACCCGAUGAAUAGUCCUAGGGAAUUCCAUUUCGCUCCAAAUGUGGUUUCAUCUUGUCUCCUCCACCUGAGGACGCUAAUAAAGCUCAGCGUAAAGAUGCCGGCGAGGCAAAACCAUUCGACGGCAUUGACAAGCCACACCAAGCCCUUGUAAACGAGAUAGUUCAUUUCGAGAGCCCUCCAUCCGAUUCCGUCCUCUCCGUCGACCCGGUACUGUAAAUCCUGGAUCUCAGGAUUCCAGUUCUCGAGGUUGAAAUUCAUCGCCAGCAUCAUGAACGAGAGAUACAUUCCGUUCCAAAAGACGUUGGAGAACCACUUCGUCCAGGUUCCAGCAAGCACAAAAAUCAUAAUUGCGGAGUUCACGCCGAUCGAACGGGUUCCAUUAUGCGACAAGGUCCAAGCCAUUUCAAUCACGGGGAUGCAAAAGACGAUCCAAAAGAUUCCAUUGAUGAUACCGGCUGCAAAUUCGAGUCCUCGGAUGCCCUCUCUCUCUACCCAUUCGUUCAUAAUAUUAUCGGGCAGAAGCUGGAGGUAGACGGCCUUGCUGGCCGACCCCCAAAAUCCAGCUUUUUGAACCCCGAUAACGAUUUCAAGGGCAUUUGUUGUCCAAAAUAGGGCGGCUGCAAGAAGACAUAGAAUCGUGCUAAGAGCCCACAUACUGAUCCUACUCUCUCUUUGUUUUAUGCUGAUCAAAGAUUUUUUGUUUCCUAUAUUGAUGGUACUAGGUUCGAAGUAUAUUGUUGUCGGGUUCYUAUCAGACGUUACCCGUUUCGUGGAAGCCAGGGAGACUAGUAGAGAAAUUAGGAUGCAAAUUAGUGUGGAUAAGGCAUCGAACCGUACGGUAUGGAAUGACCGGGAUUCGAGAUGCUGUAGGAUAAAGUACGGUACGGAUGGUAGAAUGGGUUGGUGCAGAUGUAGGGUUCCGAAAAGGUUUUAAACCCUACCAGUACCUGGUACCGUACGGUAGUGGAUGGAGUUACGAGAUAGACAAGACUCGCGGUACGAUACUUGUGCGGAGGUACUCGUAUGUACCACACGAUGCCAUGCGAUGCGGAACAAAAUGAGGAUUGGGCAUGCCGCAUGUCCACCGCAUGCGACUAGAUUUUGUUUCAGGUGCGCGCUUUCCCCCCAACGGCUGCGAUUUACWGUAGUUCCGUACGUACGAAUGUAGAUUUAGGAGUGUCACGAGUUGAAGACUACAUGUUUUUACGCGCAAUUUUCCCCUUCCCAAUCCAAGGGAGAGUUCGCAUAAUGACUAAGUACCGUACGGUACAGUAACGUGCUACAGAAAGACGAAGUAACCUGAAGUAAUGAAGAUGUUGCAAUUCGAAAUAGAAAAUUCGUACAGUACCUCUUACUAGGAAUAGGAUUAYAAGUACGAGUCGUACUCAUACGUACUCGCAACACCAAAAUUGAAAGACGGGAUCCAUGACGAAUAACAUGAAGAAUAUCCAAAACCGGGGGCAAGAUUGGAAUGAACCCUCCUGGGAGGAAURAUGAACUACAAUCAAUAUCGCUUUGAAGAUCAAUUCCUGCAAGUAACCAGCUAUCAGGAAUUUGGGAAUUAGUAUGUAACCAUGGCUUCAUCACAUAAACAUGAUGUGAUUUAUAACAAAAUAGAAAGUAGUAGUAGCAGCAGCUACUGUGACGUAGUCUUCACUAGUAGCUAUUAGCAKUAGUCCUAGAAAUUCACAAAUAAUAUGCUAUACUACUUUGGUAGUUCGUAGUAGAUAAAUCUAUCAUAGAUACUUAUCGUCUAUGAAAUAMCAUCAGUUAUAACUUCACGAUUUGGAUAAGCUACAUUGCAUAGUGUUGUGAUUGAUUGUCUUUUCCCCAGUAGUAUCAUGAGCAUGCGCUAUUGCAACAUUGCUUUUACCGAGAAACCCGUUAUCAUUCGCGAUCCUUCGAAAUCAACGUGUCCCUUUCAAUCUAAACCAAUCCAACCUUCCAAGGCAACCGCAAAYCGUCGCCGCCUUGACCCAGAUUAUCGUAAAAUGUAAAAUCUACUCCUCGGCCGCGGCCGCCGAUUCCGUGAGGGGGUCUUGUUCUUCCCUCAUGUGGGCUUGCUGAUUCAGUUUGAGACUGGCGUACGGAAGUCUCGCUCCCAACAGAAUCAACCAGGUCGGGAURAGGAUCAAGCGAUUUACUGCCGAAUACCAAAAUGCAAUCUUGGCAAAGCUUCUAAAGCCAUCCAGGCGAAGGACCUCGGCGGUGAACUCGAGCAUGCACAUGAGGGCAACAAACAAGCCGAGGGCGUUCCAGCAGGCUCCAAAGGUGGUGACAUCGACGUUGCGACGCCAUCUCUUGACKCUGAUGUGGAUGAGGACCAUGACGAAGGAGAGAAGGAGCCAUUCGAUGGCACCAAUGGCGCUGAUGAAUCCAUAGGUGACAAUGUGUGUCAUUUCAAGGGCUCUCCAUCCGAUCUCGUCCUCGCUGGUGGGGGUGAUCCARUUGUUGAGAUUGAACUCCUUGGCCAUCAGUUCCGAUGUCAUAGAAGAACCGAUGUACAAGACAUGGCUCAUCCAUUCCGUCAGGGAACCCGUCAGGGUCAAUACGCCAAUUGCGAUGUGGAGACCAACCCAUUUCGUGCCUCCCUGGCUCAGAAUCCACGAAAGAUGAAUGAUUGGGAACAUCAAAAAGAACCAGGCGAUGACGUUCAUAACUCCUGCGGAAAGGUAGAGGGGACGGUUCAAGACACGGAAUCCCCACUCCACCUGAAUGUAGCCCGGGUCGAGAUCGAUAUACUGGUAGUAAUUGAAGUGCGACCGCUGGUACUCCUUCACGUAGUAGGUGAUYGUCAAAGCGUUCCCGAUGACGAAAAACACGGCGGCGAGCAAGCUCGCAAAGCUCAUUUUACACAUGGUGAGAGAUGUGAUUGAUAUACGUCUAUCUAGUUUGAUUUCGGGGUUGUAUUCAAAAUGCAGCAGCAAGAAAAGUCACUGCUMUGGAAUUCAAUCGUUUAGUCU